AUGGAUCCUGAAGAUAUUCGAAAAAUUCUGGAAGAUGAAGCUGAUAGUCCUAGCGAUUUAGCAGGAAGCUCUGAUGAAUUGGUACCAAGUGGUGUCUCUAGCUCCAGCGGUAACGAAGAUUCCGCAGAAGACGGAAGCUCUGAAGGACUGUACAAAUCUGCAACUAACUCGAAACUAAAAUUCCUAGGAAACCACUUUAAACAUAUCUAUUUUCUAUCGCGUAGUGAUAAUGCUGAAGAUAUGCGAACACACUAUUAUGCAGAGACUUACUUCCAACAAUUAUAUGUUUCAUCUAUAAAGAAUAAGUAUGUUUUUCUACUGCUGGAUGUGGGAUCUGCAAUGAAUAUGGAGUUAUUAGAGCUUACGAAGGCCUUAGUUACCAGUAUUCUGCAACUGCUGUCGCCCACCGAUCUUAUUUCCGUGACAACAGUUUCCGAUGAAGCACACAUAGUGCAAUUCGAUUCCUAUCCUAAUGAGGCAUCAAAUAGUGUAUUUUACGCGACACGCGCCCGUAAAGAGGAGAUUCUUAACUACAUACACUCGCUUGUUGUGACGAAAGGCCAAACGAAUCACUCUCUGGGCUUCGAAUAUGCAUUUAAGUUGAUUCAUCAACUUCAGAAUAGCAGUGUGAUCACGGAACAGAAUCCCAUACAAUUCGUGUAUGUGACCCGUGGUCUACUCACUAAUCUAUCCGAUACAAUGCACGUCCUUCAGGUGAUUUCCAACGGCCAGCGUAAGUUGAUUGAUCCGAUUGUGAUACACACUUGCGCUGUGGUCACUGAUGAAAAGCGUAUAAUGUAUGAGAAACAGUUUCUUGCUGAUAUCGCAACACAAAACUAUACAAAGUACAAAAUACCAGUAAACGAAUGUUGCGAAAAUGAUGCGGAGCAACAGCAAUUGAUAGGAAAGUUUUUUGUACUUACCAAAGCGCAAAUAGAGGAUGUGAUGCGGUUAAGUGUUGCAUUAUUUCAGCACAUAUUCAGGGAACGAUACCUGAGCGAGAGUCUGGAGAUCCAACUGCCCGUGGUUGAGCCAAAUAGCCAAGACGCAAUUAUAUCGGUCACGCAUGCGGUACCCCCUUUUGGCAUAGUAGGCGUGAAUCUUUACUUAGCUGAUUUGAUUGAAGAUGUAAUCAGUUACGGAGAGCCAACGCAAAAUACUAAUAAAAACGAAUUCAAUUACGCCUUUCUCAUCGAUCGUAAUGGCAUAACUAUCGCACACCCAGCUUUUCCACGGCCUAUGGCGCAGUAUCAGACACCCUUUCCUGUGGACAUUGGCUUCUUGGAAAACUCUACAGAUUUCACUUAUACAAGAAGACGCAUGUUGCACGAUGAAAGUGGAAAUUUGACGACGAGCGUUUAUUUGACAAGGGACCGGAAGAUCGAGUAUUUUGAACGCAUUUACCACUGGCAGUCCAUACUGGGUAUCUACAUACUAUGCCUCGUAUCCACUUAUAAGCUUGAAAUAUCCUCCACUAACUCAUCAGCGCCAACGAGCACUGACAACGCAAUAAGGUUAACUAAUCUACACACAUCAUCAAGUCUUCCGCUCUCUCUGCAGCGUUUCUCUGUACCUAAGGACAAACUGCCACGGUUCCAUCACAGUGAUUACGAGUAUCUGUCGAGCAUGGAGCUGCUCUAUCAUCGGCUGGACUUGGUGUCCCCACCUAACGGACAUACUUGCCGCUACUUUCGUCAAGUGGGCACUAUGGAUGCGCCUACACUCUUCUUAAGCGCUUCAGCUUUCAUGUCUCCGUUUACUUUUUUGCACAAUAACCGCGUUAAUUCACCACGAGACCAAAUACGUACUGUUGAAAGUAUAAUGGCCUACUUGAAAGACACCACCGGUCUCCUAGCCAACCCAGGCCUUCGUCCACAAAUUCGACAGGAGGUGAAUGCACUCUAUAAUGCCAUGCAGCAUUUGAAAAAGCGUCAUCAAGACGCGCGUGGCACACUGAGGAAUCACAUAAUACGCCGUUAUAUCGCCACUGUGAAUGGUGUGCUGCAAGUCUACCCCGGCUGUCUGCUUAGCUCUAAUUAUGACCCCACUAGGCGUCCGUGGUUCCGAAAGGCUUUACAGCAGCCCGGUAAAAUUAUUACAACAGAGCCCUAUUUAGAUGCUGGCGGCGCGGGCUAUAUCAUCACAAUCGCACACACAAUUUUUGAGGGAAAAUCGAACGCUUUACACUCUGUCGAACGCGAUCAACCGGUGGCCAUUGUUGCGUUGGACCUACCCUACGCUUACUACUAUAAAAUGAUACUUGACUCGACCCCACUUUGCCAAAUGAAGCACAUCAAGUGUCUGCUAUUCGAAAACGAAGGCUAUCUUAUAGCGCAUCCUAGUAUGCUGGAAUCUAGUUCUCCGCUUCGUAAUCAACGCCGACCCCACGAGCACCUCACGCACAAGGAAUCGUAUUUAGCAAACGAUAUCCUCAAUCACAAGACACUGGUGCGGAAAUUGGCAUGCGCCAACUACCAGAACCGCACGCUCCAACGUUACUAUGUGUUCAACACAUCGCUGGGCGACAUCCUGACGAAUGUUGUGCACGGCGAGCGCACAAAAUAUGCAAUAGCGUUGGUGUAUGGAAGCAAUAUUUUCGCUGCUGUACUGAAUUCGACUUGCGAUGGCGGCGCCUUCUGUCCCUGCAGCACUAUUGAUCGCGUGUGCUUGAAUUGUAAUCGUAUGGAUCAGAUGGACUGCGAGUGUCCGUGCGAGUGCCCCAUGGAAAUGGAAGCCUUCAAUAGCGUGAUUGGUGCCAGCCACUCCGACACUUCAGAAUCGACUGUGGAACGCUUUAUCAACUACACCCAACAAUUUGCGUAUUGCGAGCCGCCAAGCGAGCAUUUCAUUGCGCUGCCGCCUGUCCGCGCAGAGCAUCAAAUGCUGCCUUCUUGCGUGAACAUCAACUGCGAUGUUUAUGGAACGCAGAGCGAGUGUCUGGCAGUGAUGGGUUGUGAGUGGUGCCAGCAAGAUGUGGACGGCAAUAGCUUUUCCGCUUCUUUUUGCGCUGCCCAAGCGUCUUGCUUUAAUGGUGUGCUGUCCUCGCUUACACCAUAUGGUGAUUUAGACGAUGUGGACAUAAUUGCUGCCCAUAGCUAUAAUCCCAGUCAAAAACCGAAUGCCUACUCCGCUUUCGGACCUGUCGGUGGUGCUAUUAUUAUCCUAGGCAUCGUUAUUGGCUUUGCAAUUUAUUGUUACCGCCACAAUAUGGACUCGCAAUCGCAGGAGCAGUUCUACGUUGACUCCAUGCAAGAAGAGAAUUAUGGACUUCCCCUAUCUCGCUUCAACUUUGACGACUGCCAAGCACAUGACGAACCACCCAGCGGCAAUGGUGGGUACGAACACCCAUCGGCACAGCGCAACCUCAUACAUCCCGCCGAUAUUUCACCUUACCACAUGUCCACUGGCAGCAGUUACCGACGACCGCCCAAUGGCGAAUCGGACCAUGGCUACUCCACAAUGACGCCACAUGAAGACUCAUCAGAUCAUCAGUGCUUUGCCUUGGCGGAGCCAUUGUUGCUGCACGAUAAACGCAACAGCAAAUCAGACACUAUGUCCAUAUCAACUUCCAUAUCGAGUCCAACAAAUCGUCACCAUCAACCGCAAUAUCAAAAUCCAUACCUUAACCAUCCACCGCCAGCGCCCACGCAAGCAAAGGAGGUGGCAGCGGUAACGCGCUAUCAAAUAAACUCGCCCAAGAAGUAUCAGCAGGUGGCAACAUCAGCACGACAUGUGGGCGAUGGAGGGCCUGUUUAUGGCCAAACAACUUUGCCACUGAACGACUCGACGGAGGACAGUGUGAUUGCACCGCGUUACAUAUUAGCGCCGGUGACGGUUCAUCGACACAUGGAGCCGACCGAAACGUAGUUCCGUAGACUCUUGGUGCAUUUUAGUAGAGUUAAUCGCAUCACAUGUUUUAGGUUAGGUUUUAAAGAAAAUUAUAAGCACAAGGAAUUGUUUGUUUAACACAACUGAAAGGUUUUGUAGCACCAAAUAAAAAAUAAAAGUACAUAUACAUAUGUAUUAUGAAUCAGAUGUACAUCUAGCGAAGAAAAUCGAAAAACAAGUACUUCCAAACGCCUUUGUGUUAAGCAAAUAUUUUUUGUGUGCAUGUUCAUUAUUUUAAUGCAUCCGCUUGUUUGCCAAUUAAAUGCUAAGUUCUAUAUAUAUACAAAUAUGAAUAAGUGUAGUGUAACUACUAGGCAUUUUAUUUUUUAAUAAUGUUAAGUUUAAAGUAAAAAGUAUUAAGAACCUGUAGGCGCGCUAAUAUAAAUAUUUUAUAUAAAUGUUGCAUUUAACUCUACACUGUUACAUGUUACCUACGAAACACAACUCGAACCUUUACUACCUGCAAAAAUUAUCGAAACUAUUAUUUUUGUAUUUUUUUACGUUAUUUUAAUUACGUGAAAGUGAAAUUGUUUGACAGCUGCGCAUGUGCGCUUAGCAGGUGUGUCUCCAUACAAAUUGUAGCCAGUAAUUGCGCGUUGCGACUGCCUGUUAGCAUAUCGAGCAGCAGUAAUCAAAGUUUUCCAUUUACUAUUAGACGCAAAAUAAUAUAAAUUUGGUUUGUCACUUAUGUAUGUACAUAUGUAUAUACAUAUUUUGCCUGCAUUGUUUGUUGAAGUGAGACGUUAGUAAAUCUUAGAUAAGUAUUACAUGCAACCAUCCAUUAGAUAUACGAAAUUCGCGAGCAUUGUUGAGAGAGAAGAAAUUGGCUUUCAACUUUUAAAUUGCGAUGAAAUUAAGUGACUUAAUUUGCGUUUGCAACUUUUUGUUGUAAUUCGUUAUUUCAUAUAUAUUUUUACGUCAAGUUAAAGAGCAUUUCUAUGCAUGUACUAUAUGUAUGUAUGUCUUACAAAAAUGUUACUAAACAUCUUAAAUAAAUGUAUGUACUUACCCCACAGAGAAAAGUAAAGUAAAUAAAAACACAUAAAAGGUGUAAAUACAGACGUUGCUUAUGUAAGUACAUAAUUAUUUUAAUAAAAACUGUUUACUCAAAUUAAAUAAUAUAAAUUAUGAACACCUAAAUAUUUACACAAAUUGAUGGGCGUAGAAUGCGUCUAAGACACUGAGGAUUUUUUAAGAAUAAAUAAAUUUUCAGAUAUUGAUAAGUGAAAGUAAA